AUGUCAGGCCAGGCUGUCAUCUCUUCAUCGCAGCCCGUUCCUGCCAUACAUCACCUUCCCUUCGAACUGCUAGUCAAGAUCUUCGUUCUCAGUGCACGAGCAACCAUUCAACCUGUGAACGGGAUUUCCAUACACAGGUAUCCUAGCUCGAGGGGAGUCGUAGCGCACCCAUCUGGCGCUCUGAACGUUGCCCAAGUCUGCCGCGGAUGGAGGGGUGUUGCGCUAGGCACAUCCGAGUUGUGGAACUUGAUCAGAGCUCCCUCUGCGGGAGAUGCAUCGACGUCUUCAGACCCGUUUCCUCUCCCGGUACAGGUGUUGAGUAGAUCUCGGCUUUCUUCGGUGUUCUUGAUCCUCAAUCCUCGGCGACACUUCGACUCCUGGUCAAUUGCCAAAGAGGCAAACCUUAGCCAUAUCCAAAGUUCACUGGUGCUUGAGAACGUAAAGGGAAUGGAUCUACACGGAAUGGGCUACACAAUCCCCUACCAAGUGAUCUUCAAUCUGGCGGCCGAGUUCCCAAAUCUAACGCACCUGUCGCUUGUUGGCAUGUUCUUUGAUCAUCAUGUGCAUGUGCCCACCCCCUUACUCAAUCGUCUCACGCAUAUGCAUGCUUGUACCUACUCUUACCAAGUGAUGGGCAUCUUUGACGGGCGUGCAUGGCCAAGCCUUAUCUCGCUCACUCUGGAGAUCCCGGAGUAUUUUCUCGAGGGCAAAGCUCUGAGGGCUAUCUUCCUUGCCUCUCCCAACCUUGCCGAGCUCUUCAUAGUAGCGAACGCAAUACCUUCACCAGUGGGGUGGAUCAAUAUGUCGUCCGCCAACCUGCGGACCUUCUCGCUUUGGAUGCGGGGGGAACAUCUCGAACAAGAACACCUGGACUCUAUAUUCGAUGCUCUCACGCUCCCUUCCCUAUCCAACCUCAUGAUCGCGCGUCCGCCAAAGGGUAACUUUGCGGUUUUAAGACGCUUUAUCCAACGAUCGAAGUGCCAUUUAUCAAGUCUUACGUUGACCAACGUUACAAAGGCAGAACGGAAAAGUGAAAUUGGUAUUCGCCGAGCCGCGGAGAUGAUAGGACAAAAGCUCGCUAUAACUUCCGUCGAAUUCGCGUUGACUAUCAAAAAGACCCGUAUAUAUCGCAAUUCGAAAGAAAGAUGGUAUGCUAUCAGCUCAUCCUGA